GAUUUCUCUCGACAAUGAAGCAACUUAAUUGUGUAAACGGAUCUUAGCGUGUGUGAUUUAAUGACUGAGAGUCGACUAAACGAUUGUGGAACAAAAAUCGGAAUUUUCUAGUUUUUACUGAACGGUUUUAGUGAAAAAUUCACCUGUAUUCAAUAAACUGUAUCUUCGGCGCUUCGAAAGUCCAACAGCCUUUUACAUUGCCCAGCAUGAGUUCAACCGAGUUUAAUAUUGGCCUCAACAGUGCCAAAACCUCGAGUCGAGUCUUGAAACCACCCGGCGGAGGUCAUUCCGAUAUAUUUGGAACACCGGAGCUAAAGGCAAAUCCUCCACGCCCGAAAUACAAUCAGCAGAACUCUUCCAACAUGAAUGGCGUCAUGGGAACCAUGGAUCCCAACAUAAAAGUGGAGCAAGUGCAAGCUCAAGAUCCCCAAGCUGAAGUUGAAACAUCGAAAAAUGCUUCCCAAGCGAAACUUGCGCAGGCUGCCGCCAGUAACGAAUCGGCUUCGCAAGAUUCCCAAUCCGGAAAUCGUUCCCGUGUUCCUCCGGGAGGUUUCUCGUCUGGACUCUGGUGAAUCGAUACAAAAUGACCACUUUCAGGGAUAAAACCGAAGCACACUUUGUCGAAACCUCAUCCUACAUAUUGCAGUUGAUUUAACCAAAGAGUACGGAGGUAUUUUUAUUCAACUAAAUACUAUUUUACUUUUAUCAUCGGUAUUGCUUGGUAUGACCAAGUCGUUUCCUUUUCAACCCGGAACAACGUUUGAUCUCGUCGAAUGCAUUUAUGACAACCAAUUCGUACUUAAUGCUUAAACAUUGCUUAUAUACUGCGAGUCAAUAUUCUAUAUUCCUUCUAUUAAAGAUAUUAAACGAAAUAUUGCGCUAUACAAUAAAAUCUUUACCUCUUUCAAAGUUUGCUUGAGCUAGAAAAAAUGGAAA